GGCAUGCACCUGCGUCAUGACGCUGGUGUCGUCCGAGCGUGGGCGUGUCAUGUGACCGGCGCGACAGCUGAGGCCGGGCAGGAGGGCGGCGGCGGACAUUUUGUGAGCGGCGGCCGAAGGGAAGAGCAGCGGCAGGUCUUAAUCAACAUGGGAAGGAAGCACUAAUCAAGAUUCUAACAUGAUUGGAGGCUUGUUCAUUUACAAUCACAAGGGGGAAGUUCUUAUCUCCAGAGUUUACAGGGAUGACAUUGGACGGAAUGCAGUGGAUGCUUUCCGCGUCAAUGUCAUCCAUGCCAGGCAACAAGUGCGCUCCCCAGUGACCAACAUUGCACGUACCAGCUUCUUCCAUGUUAAACGUUCGAAUAUAUGGCUGGCUGCCGUCACCAAGCAGAAUGUCAAUGCAGCCAUGGUCUUUGAGUUCCUGUACAAAAUGUGUGAUGUUAUGACCUCCUACUUUGGAAAGAUCAGUGAAGAAAAUAUCAAGAACAACUUUGUCCUCAUCUAUGAGCUUCUGGAUGAAAUCCUGGAUUUUGGUUACCCACAAAAUUCUGAGACAGGAGCAUUGAAAACGUUCAUUACCCAACAAGGAAUCAAAAGUCAGACCAAGGAAGAGCAGUCACAAAUCACAAGCCAGGUAACCGGGCAGAUUGGAUGGAGGCGUGAAGGGAUCAAGUAUCGUCGAAAUGAACUUUUCCUGGAUGUUCUGGAGAGUGUCAACCUAUUAAUGUCACCUCAAGGUCAGGUUCUAAGUGCGCAUGUCUCGGGUAGGGUGGUAAUGAAGAGUUAUUUGAGUGGAAUGCCAGAGUGCAAGUUUGGAAUGAACGACAAGAUUGUUAUCGAGAAGCAAGGAAAAGGAACUUCUGAUGAGACCGCAAAAAGUGGUAAGCAAUCCAUAGCAAUUGAUGACUGCACAUUUCACCAGUGCGUAAGGCUCAGCAAGUUUGAAUCUGAAAGGAGCAUUAGUUUCAUUCCACCAGAUGGAGAAUAUGAACUCAUGAGGUAUCGAACCACUAAAGAUAUCAUCCUGCCGUUCCGAGUGAUCCCAUUGGUCAGAGAAGUGGGUCGCACUAAACUCGAGGUGAAAGUUGUGAUUAAAUCAAACUUCAAACCAUCACUGCUGGCUCAGAAGAUCGAGGUGCGUAUUCCAACCCCACUCAACACCAGUGGAGUUCAAGUCAUCUGCAUGAAAGGGAAGGCCAAGUACAAGGCUAGUGAGAAUGCAAUUGUGUGGAAGAUAAAGCGAAUGGCAGGAAUGAAGGAAUCGCAGAUCAGUGCUGAGAUUGAGCUUCUACCCACUAAUGAUAAAAAGAAAUGGGCUCGACCACCCAUUUCUAUGAACUUUGAGGUUCCAUUUGCUCCUUCUGGACUGAAGGUGCGUUAUCUGAAAGUGUUCGAGCCAAAGUUGAACUACAGCGACCACGAUGUGAUAAAAUGGGUCCGGUACAUCGGGAGAAGCGGGAUCUACGAGACCAGAUGCUGAGAGCAGGCCUAGGCCGCGGAUCCCACUAAAACACACCAGACACUCUUCUGGCUGGCCACCACACCACACCAUGCACUUGACGUGGCCCAGGAGAUGACAAUAAGCCACACCUUCUCGGUUGUGGCUGCACCACCAACGAUGGAGACCCAGUCGACAAAAAUCCCACUUUUCCGUUGAAUUUGUAUUUCAUUUCCCCACCCUACCUGUUCUAUUCCCCGAUGGCCAUGUCCAACCCUGAACGCAGCUCCCAUUUCAUGUCUACUUGAUAUUCAACUCAUACAGUGUAUUUUCCAACAAUGUAAGCAUAUUGUAGUUCAAUAGAAUAUAGAAUGUAACAGGGCGUACCUGUAGAGACUGAACUGUAAUGGUAACAAUGUUGUAAUGAAUGUUGUGUGCAAUCAAGCUGGUCUUCCCACCAACCUGUGGUCAAGUUGCUGCAGUGUCUUCUUCGAUUUAUUAACUCUGUGACCAAAAUAAUUGUCAAAAAUACUACUUGUCUGUCUCAUGCAAUGGAGUGUAUGUUCACUGUAGAAUUCUUGAGCUUUGCCACUGGGGGGGAGAUGUAGAUGGAACCUUUGCUUGGUUUACAGGAAAGAGCAUGAGAGUGUAUCAGUACACAGUUACUGAUCAAAUGUGCACUUAAUGUUUAUGAAAGAGAAAUGGCAUCUUUAUUAAUCUCUGGUCUACUCACCAGGACCUUGUUAAGGAAGGGCAAGAGUGAUGGAAGGGGGUAACCCAUGCAUUAGUGGCCCCUGCAAAUUCCAUUCCCUGGUCCCUCUGCCUAUCGGCUGGUCUCCAGGGAGCUAUUGAUGCACACGACUUUACAUUACAGCACAAGAGUUGCGUAACCCCACACAGGUCUGUUCACAGUGAGCCUGAGUACUGUGUAAUAUGCGUGUCUGAUCAUGGCUACUUGGUCAGUCGGUGACCCAAACUUGCACCGUUUUUAAAGAAGGGAAGUCUUAAAAGGACGAAUAUUGAAGAUGCUCGUCUGUAAAUCCUUUUGCUUGAUGGUGUGAUUCCUCUUGAGCAACUUUUUGUGAUUGUCCAGUUAAUCUUAAUAAACCAUACAGAAUCAGUA